AUGGCCAAGAACCACGGUCACGGGACGGCCUUGGGGUACGGAAACUUGGAGAACGCGUUGAACAUCAACCUCGGAAACUUCAACUCCGUUUCGGUAGAUGCCGCCAACAAUCGUCUGACGGUCGGCGGGGGCGUGCUCUUUGGAGACAUAUUCCAACCGUUGUUUGAAGCAGGGAAAGAAAUCCAAACAGGCAACACUGUCUGCGUGAGCAUGGAAGGAGCCACGAUCGGGGGUGGCAUCGGCUUUCAACAAGGCAACCACGGCCUCAUCUUGGAUGCUCUCUUGUCUGUCCGCAUCGUCACAGCUUCGGGUGACCUAGUGACCGCAUCCAAGACCGAGAAUGCCAAUCUGUUCUGGGCCAUUCGCGGCGCCGGGGCCAAUUUCGGCAUCGUGACGUCGGCCACCUACGAAAUCUAUGAUCAGAUCAAUGCUGGCAACGUUGUCCUAGCAAAUUUCCAAUAUCCGGCCGCCACGAACAGAUCUCUAUGGGAGCUGUUGCAGACCUACGAUGGCUGCCUCCCACAGAGGCUUGCAUUGAUCCACUCCACGCAGUACAAUCACACCACGAACCAGGCCAGCGUCGCAGUCGGCUUCCCCUUCGCCCUGACCAUCCUUAACGUGACCACGACGCAAAUGUACGGCAUCUUCUCCAAAUGGGUGUGCGACUCUGGCGAGUACCACAGCGAGUACAUGACGGGGCUGGGCAAGACAGACGUCGCGACGUUCGAAGCUGCCUAUGAUGACAUGGUCAGCUUCUACGAGGCGCAUCCGACGCUCUUCGACCACAUCUACCCCGGCCCUGAACUAGAUGUAGACGUAGAUGUGCUCUCACAGUCUUUGCUCUCAUCAUUCCGAGAUCACGAUGGGUUCGAAAGCCCACGUGUCUAUAUCAACUACGACCAUGGAGACGAGGGCCUGGCAGCCCUUCACGGGGCAGGUAACCUCCCUAGACUUCGGGCACUGAAAGCGCAGUGGGAUCCUCAUGGCUUGUUCGGGACUGGAAACCCAAUCAAGUAG